UCUCUGACGCAGUACUUGAUAUCCUUGUAGAACAUAUAAAAGUGUUGUGUCCGUCGUGUUCUAGUUCAGUGUUGAAAUAAGCGCCACGAACGAAACGAAUUAUACCAGUGAGCAGUUCAGUUGUUAGUUAUUCAUUGAUUGGAUUCAAAAUGAAGGUUUUUAUAGCCAUCAUACCGUUGUUGUUAUCAGUUGGGACAUUCGCUAAUCCCACCUUCCGGUUCGAAGAUGGUGUCAUAGACCCAAGAUGUCCAGCAUUUGAUAAUCCGAUGAAUCCUUUCCAUUUACCACAUGCCAGAGAUUGUGGAAAGUUUUUAAAAUGUUUCAAUGGUCGAGCAUUUACGAUCGAUUGCCCACCGGGGCAAGAAUAUGGGCCAAAGAUCCAGCGUUGUGACUAUCCGUCGUAUGCCCAAUGUAGCUCAGCGUUAGCUCAACCUGAUCCUGCCGAAUUCCGGUUUGAAGAUGGAGUUGACGAUGCAAGGUGUCCUCGAAAUGACGAUCCCAUGCACCCGUUACAUCUGCCACAUCCAACGAGCUGUCAGAAGUUUUUGAAAUGCUUCAGCGGUCUAAGGUUUGAACUGGAUUGUCCACCUGGUCAGCAAUGGGCUGCACACCUCAAUCGUUGUGAUUUCCCAUCCAUUGCCAAGUGCAAGAGAGAUGCUGCUACUUUUCAGGUAGAUCAGGAUGAAGAAAUCAAGGAGGUUGAAGUUAUAAAUGAGGUCAACGAAGUUCAAGAUAGUUUGGAUGUGGCGGUGGAAGAAACGGUUGAUGACGAACCAGAAAUUGUAGCACUCCCAAUGAAAGCUGAAUUCGUCUACAAUGCUGGCAUUCCUGAUAUCCGUUGCCCCCGGACAGAUGACCCUUUCCGUCCGAUUCAUCUUCCACAUGCAACUGAUUGCGGAAAGUUUCAGAAAUGCUUCGAUGGUAGAGCAUAUGUUUUGAACUGCCCACCUGGUCAAGAAUUCGGAGCAAAGAUCAACCGCUGCGACUAUCCACAAUACGCACAAUGUAUGCUGCCUAAGCGUAAAAACCUGGCAAAGAUGAUGAAGAAGGCAGCUGCUUAUGAUGAUGACUAUUACUACAGCGAUGAAGAAUUUCCUCUGGAAUCUUCGGAAUGGACAGACGAACAGCGGGAGAUGAUCGCAGGUGUGCCUGAUAUCCGCUGUCCAGCGACCGAUGAUGAUAACAACCCUGUUCAUCUGACGCAUCCGAAAGAUUGUGGCAAGUUCUACAAGUGCUACGAUGGUCGUGCUUACCUGAUUGUAUGCCCUGCGGGACAACACUGGAGUGUGCGAUAUGAUCGUUGCGAUUAUCCAAAGGUGGCGAAAUGCACGAUUCGUCCGUAGAGUGAAAACCACCUGGGUUUAAACUGACGGUGCAUAGACUUAAUGGUCUAGUGUUUGUAUUUAUUUGCAGUAUGAAUUAGUAAUAAAACGGAAGGGCAUCGCAAACAGCAUUAUUUCUUAUUCAUUUAAUCAUUUCAUCGUAAAUAAAUUAUAUAGUGCCUUUAAAAAGAUUAUUGUUCAAAUUGGA